CUCGGGUCAAGAGGACGUGUGGCGACGCAGCCAGCGUGCCUGACGAUAGCCACUUAGCGAAUUUUUCUAUUUCUACCCUCCAGAUUGUUCGAGCAACGUAGAGGCACUCGCAACCCCGUCCUGCAGCGUUGGCUGUGGUUCCCGAGUAGUGAGCUCACCCCGCCCUGCCCUCAUCAAUCGCUUCCCUCUCUCUCGGCACCCGGCACACGAGCCGUCCUUUCGCCCGUCCGUCCAUUGACACCCGAUGUCAUCCCGUGAGUCCGAGGCGGCUGUGGGAUCCUCGUCCAGCAGUAGCAGUAGCAGCAUGGAGGGUGUGCAGCAUGGUGGUGGUGGUGGUGGUGGAGACGCCCCGGCGGGUCCGCCUCGGCCCUUGAAGCCGAUGCGCGUGGAUUUCGACGAGGAUGACGACCUGGACGGUGAGGAGGGCGACGAUGAGGACGACGAGCUGGGCGGUGCGUCCAUCGAGGCCAUCAUCACACAGCUCCAGGUGUCUAGGAGGGAGGGGCGGGAGGGGGAGGGAGGGGUGAGAUCGGGAUGUGUCUGACUCUCUGUUGGUGUGGUUGCGUGUGUGUCCGUGCGUGUGUGUGCGUGUGGUCAGAAAGCGGUUGAGGACAACCCUUUGGAUGUGGAGAUCGGGGCGACGCUGAUCGACAUGGCCCGCAAGCACGAGUACCCCGAGCUGGUGACCGAGACGCGAGAGCUGCUCGCCAAACACUCAGCAACGGGAGACGAAUUCUGGACUGUUUGGAUCAAAGGUCAGUCCAUCCAUCCAUCCAUCCAUCCAUCCAUGGACCCACACAGAUGAGAGGCGGAGUGUUGGUGUUGCAUGCCAUGCUCGUCUGUGUGUGUGUGCAGACAUGAUCGAGGAGCACCAUAAGACGCCCACCCAGGUGACGGCCAACGAUGUGCUGGACCUGUGCAAGAAGGCCGUGGACCUCGCGCCCUACGCCUCCUGCUGGAUUGCCUACCUCCACUUCCUCGAAACACAACCAUCCGUAAGCCAAACUAUCGCCCCAUACCACACCACACUCCCCACCACUUGUUUGUUUCUGCUGCAUUCCUGCCUGUUUGCUCUUUGCUAUGUUGUUUGUCAGGUGAGUGUGCAGCAGCUGCGGGAUUUCUACGAGCAGGCGGUCGACGCGCUUGGGCACCACGCCGUGGAGGGUCCCAAGAUUUGGAGCGCCUGGCGGGCGUACGAGACCCGUGUUGGCGAGGGUGAGGAGGGCGACAAGGCCGAGCAGACCCGGACGACCCGCAAAAUCUUCCACCGACAGCUCACCCUGCCUCUGGGGGGGCUGCCCGAAACACUCUGCGAGUACCGGUAGGUUGGUCACCACUCACACACACACAGACACACACACACACACACACACACAGUGAGAGAGAGAGAGCAUUUAAGCCUACGUGUUGAUAUGUGUGUGUGUUGUGUAUAUAUCUUCAGCUUGUGGGAGGAGGAGCUGCCGGAAGAGCUCAAGCGUGGGUGCGAGGAGGGCGAGGCCCGCUACGCCACCGGCCAGGCGGAGUGGGACAAACGAAAGGAACUCGAGCUCAAAAUCUGCAACCCCGAAAUCCCUGACGAGGUCAGCCAAACCCGCCGUCCUCAUCCUCCCUUCGCUUCAUCCCUCCCGUCGGUUUGUGGAUGUUUGUUUGUUCAUGUGGUUCAGGAGCUGACGGCCGCCUGGGAUGCCUACGUGGCCCUGGAGCUGUCCACGGGCGACCCCAACCGCAUUUUGGUGACGUACCUGCGGGCCACACUGGAGCUCCCGCACCGGGUGGACCUCUGGCUGCAGUACGCCGACUACUGCUUUGACACCGUCAAGAGCUCCGACCUGGGCCAUGUGGUGCUCCAGAGGGCCGUGCGACACGCGGCCGGGGCCGCCAAGCUGUGGCAGGAGCUCAUGCUGUGUCAGGUACGGUACGCUCAUUCGUAGGGACUCCCAUGGUGUGCGUGCAGUACAUGGGGUGGUGUGGUGUGGUGUGGAUUGGAUGUGUGGGCAGGCGGAGAUCUUUGCGCCCGUGGAGGAUUUGACCGAGACGUUCAGCCGUGCGUUGCGCGUGGGCAACUUCAGCGAAGCGACCGAGUUUCUGGAGCUCCACCUCACGUGCGCAGACUGCAUCCGACGGGUGCUCAUCGGUACGCAUCCCCCCCCCUCCCUCACACGGGGUCUCUAUCUGUUGCCAUCCAUGUGUGUGUGGUGUGUGGUGGUGUGCGUGUCCGUCUGUCUGUCUGUCUGUCUGUGAUGUGUGUGAUGCAUCCAUCGAUCAGCUGACGCGAGUCGGCAGCAGCAGGAGCGGAUGGGCAAUGCCGAGGGCGACGAGGCCGCCGAGGAGGAGGAUCUCAUGGAGGACAUCGACUGGUCUCCUAUGAGAAGCCUCUUUACACAGGUAUGCCCUCAUGUAUCAAGAUUGGUCGACGGAUUGGCUGCUCCUGUCUGUCUGUCUGAGUGCAGGCUGAGGGCUUCUUCGAGGAGCACCUGCCGCAGAUGGAGCUGUCCCGGGAGAUAUGGCUGCACUGGCUGCGUAUCGAAACCAAUAUCUGCAAGGUCAGACCGACAGACACACACACAGACAGACAGACAGACAGACAGACGACUUUCCUUCUGCUGUGGAAAUGGAUGGAUGGAUGGAUGGAUGGGCAGGAUUGGCAGAUGGCGACAGAGCUGGCGGAGAAGCUCUUCACGCGCUACCCCACCGACUUGCCCCUCUUCAUGCAGUGUGUCCACCUCCUCCGCACCGCCGCGCCAUGCCAACUCGACUCGCACUCCUUUCUCCAUCCCCACUUCGACAAACGCAUCGAAGCAGCCAAAAACGACGCACAGCUGUCCGAGGUAGGUCGCACACACACGCACACACGCACAAAGAGAGACGAAGAGGCAGAGAAGGUGGGAGGAUCGCGUGGCGGCACAACACCUACCUACCUACCAUCAUGUACAUUCCUCUGUGUGUGUGGUGUCGCCCACCACUUUUAGCAUUUGGAGAGGGAGUGGCUGGCGCUCGAGCGCGAGUCCGGUUCCAACGAGAGCUACCGAAAGGCCCGGCGCCAAGUGGAGGCCAACAGACGCCGCCGAGCAGAGCGACAGGGUUCCCCUUGCCAAUCCGAUGCUGACUCCACCGCUGACGUACGUGACACCCACCUACCACCCACCUAUAUCGUUACGUGUGCUUGCCUUCCCCUCUCUCCCUUCCCUUGCUCAGCGCCGCCAGGUGUCGAGUCGUCGCAAGAAGCGCCGUGUGGGCGAGUCGGACAGCGAGGCAUCGGCGAGCGAGCCAGAGCUGCCCCCGCCACCCAAGCGGCCCAAGAGUGGAGACAAGGAGCUUGCGGCCCAUGCAGCAGCAGCCGGCAAGGGCGCCGCUGCUGCUGACGAGAUGCCGCCCCCUCCGCUGCCCCCCGGCAUCCAGAAGAAGAGCAAGCGACACAAGGAUAAGGACAAGGAGAGGGGCAAGGAGCGGAAGCGGGCCAAGGAAGCUGACAAGGGGGGAGAGGACAAGAAGCCCCCGGCAGACAGCGAGGCGGUGGCCCAGCCUUCAUCAUCGGCAGCAGCAGCAGCAGCAGCAGCAGCCCAUGAGCGUGAGGGCAUGAUGGCUGUGGAGGGCCCCCCCACUGGCGAGGUGAGGACCCCUGAGGGCGUUAUGGCGAUGGACGAGGAGGAAGGGCAGGGAGGGGAGGAGGAGGACGCCGCCAAGAAGAAGAGCCCCUUCAAGGGCAAACACUUCCACCAACUCCGGCAGCACCAGUAAGGCCACAGACGCGUACGCGCCAUCUCUCCGUAUCCUCUAUGUGUGUGUUGACAUGCAUCCAUCCAUCAGGAUAGCGUCGGGUGCCGAGGAGGCCGCUGCCGAGGGCGGCGCUGCGUCGAUGCGGGUGGAUGCGGGCGAGGGGUCGGUGCUGCCGCCCUCUGUGGACGAGCCCUGCACCGUGUGGGUGUCAAAUCUCGACACAUCCGUCGGGGAAGACACACUCAAGGAGAUCUUCGAGCAGUGCAAGGGGCUCAAGGAGGUACGCACGGGACACACAGUAGAUAGAGGGGUCAUACAUGUGUGCUGGUUGUGUUGUCUUGGUGUUUGUUCGACAUCAACAGAUCCGUUUGGUGCGUGACUUCACCAAGCGGUCCAAGGGCUUCGCCUACGUGGAUUUCGAGACGCACGAGGACGCCGCGGCCGCAUCAGACAAGCUCAACGGACACAAGAUUCACGACCGACCACUGAAGGUGAUCACGAGCGAUGCACACACACAAACAGAUGGAAACCAGGGAGGCAGACCAGACGGCAUGUGGUCUGUCUGUGCUGGCGGUGUCGGUGGUCAGGUGCUGCUGUCGCACCCCACCCGCCCGCUGUACGACGCGGGAACGGUGUACAUCAAGGACCUGCCCGACGAGGCCACCGAGGACGACGUGGCCUCCUUCUUCAAAACCCGGGCUGGCGUCCACGUCAAAGCUGUCAGGCUGCAGAGGGAUGACAAGGGGCAUCUCAAAGGGUAGGUGGGCAGGGCAAGAGGGUCAUCGGAGGGAAAGACUUGCGUGGCUUCGUCUUCUCCUGAUGGAUGCUGUGUGUGUGCGUGUCUUGUCUGAUCGAUCAGUUACGGCUAUGUUGAUUUCGAGAGCGACGACGAGGUGGUCAACGCGCUCACACUCGACAAAGCGGUGAGUUUGCGUGACUUCCCUCAUGGAUGAAUGGCAUGCGCCUUUGGAUGCACCAUUUUCUUGUUUGUUGACCGGCUUCUAUCUAUGUGUAUGUGUGUGCAGGAGAUGGGCGGGUCGCCCAUCCGUGUGGCCCGCUCCAUCCCCAAGAAGGACCACAGAUGGAUCAAAGCGCCGCCCAACAAGGUCACUCACACGACCACACACAGAGACAGACACACCACACACCGGCCUAACACACGUGCUUCUAAUGUGCUGUGUGUGCGUGUGUGUUCAGGAGAAGCGUCGCAACGAGAUGGAGAUGGCCAAGGCCGCGCCGCCCCCCGAAGCCACCACGGUCGUGCACGUCAGCAACAUCAACUUCAAGACCACCGACGAGGCUUUCGAACAGCACUUCCAGCAGGUGAGAGAGAACAGAAGUGACGUGACAGUGCUGACCGGCCAUUUCUCCGUGUGCUGUUUGUGCAUGUCCAUUGUCUGCAGAUAGGCGAGGUGACCCAGUCGUUCAUCUGCCGCGACCCCAGCACAGGCCGGUCCAAGGGCUUCGGCUUCCUCGAGUUCGCCAAGCCCGAAGACGCCAUGGGCGCCAUGAUGCUCAACGGAUCCACACUCGGUCAGCUCAGCACACGCAACCUAAAGGCCCCCACACACAGGACAGGCACACCAUCACCCAUUUCUCUCUCUCCUGCCUUUCGUUAUCAGACGGUCGCGAGCUCACCGUUUCUCGCUCCACCCGUGCCAUCGCCCCUCCUAAGCCCCACCCAGAGCGGCCAUUCGACCAGUCGCAGCGAGGCGGGCGGGGAGGCGGAUUCCGCGGAGGUGGACGGGGCGGCAGAGGCGGCCGCGGAGGGCGAGGUGGGGGUGGGGGUAAAGGAAGGGGCUUCCAUGAGCACCCCAGACAGCACCUUGACGUCCAGGGUCUGUCGGCACCCCACCAGCAGACAGAGGCCGCAGAGGGGCAGCAGGUACGCACGAACGAACACAAGUAUGUAUUCGAGACCUCACUCACUGGAUGGAUGCUUCUUCGUUUGUUUGUUUGUUUGUUUGUCCGUGCCUGCAGGCGGCUAAUGGUGUGGCAGGUGACGAGAGCGCGAUGGACAUAUCCAAUGGCGUGACUGAGCAGACGGCAGCAGCAAGUGAGGCCAACACGGAGGGCGGCAUGAAGAGCAAUGAAGACUUCCGAAAGAUGGUGUUGGGCCUUCGUUAGUGAGGGAUGGAUGGAAGUGCAUGCCAUGCGGGCGGAGUGUUUCAAAGCUGCUGAUAGUCGGUCCCGAUGGGUUUGGGGCUGGUACUUACUGCCUGGCAGGAGGGAGGUUGUUGUGGUGGAUGUAGCAUAGCACUGGGUGGGCGUGUGGGUGGAUGGGUGGAUCUUUCUCUGCAUGGUUAUUUGCCUGCUUGCCUUCGGUGUGUCGUCGGUCUUGUGGGGGUGGACGUGUGUGUGUGGCGCGAUGACGCAUGCAGGUGAUCGUGAGUGUGUGUGUUGCAUGUGUGCGUGCUCCCCGAGGUGACCGCAUUUUUGUUUGUUCUUGGCAGUUGU